AUGGCCACAGAUACAAACCUCCCCGAGUUUGUUACUCUCACCUCCAAUGAUGGAUUUGACUACGUGAUCUCGAGGAGUGCAGCCUGCAUUUCAGGCACAAUACGCCGGAUGUUAGACCCAGCAAACAAUUUCUCUGAAGCUGUGAGCGGUCGAUGCGUUCUGGAAAAUAUGAAGUUUGUCCACCACGCUCCCUACGACGCGCCUUACUGGGCAAAAAUUCGACUAACGCUUUCUUCGAAGUGGUGUUGUCCUCGAGAAAGCCAGGCCAAUGUGCCUGAUAUGGAUAUACCGCCAGAAUUAUGCCUAGAACUGCUUUUGGCUGCGGAUUACUUGGACAUUGACCUUGCCAACGCUUUCGUCUUCAGCAGGUUUACCGAGUCAGCGAAUAGCGUUCAGGACGCACUGGUUUUCGAUCCAAAGAUACCAUUAUUUUGUCUAACAACUUCUCAAACGGUUCGACUUGGGCUUCGCAACAAGAUGAGGAACAUCCGUGACGCGUGCUCUGUGGAAUGGGAUCUUGCGUCACCUUUGUAA